UAAUAAAUGAUAACAUUAGUAAUUUUUAUUUGCAGUCGUAACUUCUGCUACUUUAUUUAUAACAAUGGUUGAGCGCUCCACCCACUUCCGCGAGCCCGUGUCGAAAAUCCAGUGAUCACCUCCACCCCAGAAUGGACCAGCAAGAAAGCAAUAAAAAGAAGGCCAAAACGUGGUUGCAUCGCAUUUUUAAAAUGAAAAGCCGCUUGCAAGAUCGCUCUAAUCGGUCGGACAGCGAUGGCGAAACGUUCAUCGAAGGUGUCGAGAUCAGACCGCACCGAAACAGUUUCCGCAGGAGCUUGAAGAAGAUGCACACCAGAGUGAAAAGCUGCAUGUUCUCGCAGGAAGUGGUCACCCCCAAGCGCCCCGUGACGAUAUCCGAGGUUCCUUGCACGUCUUCGAGGGUCAUCCAGGGUCCGCCCCCAGUUCCUGAACGUCCGCGAACCCUGCCUGAGGAGGAGGAGGAGGAGCCGCCUCCGCCUCGGGAGCCCCCCGCGCCCGUGGAGCCGCGCACGCAUCGAAUACCCACCGACGAGAUCGUGAGUCUGUCAAACUGCUACUGGUACUGGGGCCCCAUGCCGACCGCGGAGGCCGAGGAGCGGCUCCAGUUCAAGCCCGACGGGACUUUCCUAGUCCGGGACUCCUCCUCCACGAGCUACUUGUUCAGUAUUAGUUUCCGCAGUGUGGGGAAGACAAUGCACGCUAGGAUCGAAUAUAGCCGAGGCAGGUACAAUUUGUGCGGUACGUAUGCAGAGGGGUUUUCCACGGUCACUGAGCUGAUUCACGACGCGAUGAAGACGUCGGAGAACGGGAUUUAUUGCUACUCGCGGAGGGGCGAGCACACGUGCGAGUUCCCGGUGAGGUUAACCAAGCCCAUUUCGAGGUAUACUGAAGUCAGGUCUCUUAAACAUUUGUGUAAGUUUGUCAUACGACAAUACGUUAACAUGAAUGACAUACCACAAUUGCCUCUGCCGACUGUGCUUCAUAGUUACUUGUUAGAAAAGCCCUACUUUUAAGUUGCUUGGUUGCAAUUGUACUUAAUUUGUCUUGAUUUAUACUGAGGUAUACUUAAGUUGAAUGAAUCGUGUGGUACUGCUCGCUUGACUACUUUGUAAAGAUACGCUAGUCCAGUUAAGUUUAGGACGUCUAGGAUUGUGGGUUGUGUACAAAGAAGUUCAAAAAUGUUUUGUACAGGCGGUGAGGCUUUCAGAAUAUACGCGACAGGUUUCAAAGUGCCUUUUUUGUAGGAUGCAACCGUCUAAUAUUUUUUUAUUACACAGAAAAGGAACCGACGACGAUUAGAGUUAUAUUUUUGAUAUAUAGAGACUAUAUUAUUUAUGUUAUAAAUUUAAACAAAAUAGGCAUCUUAUGAAAGAUGUUUGUGUCUUGUGCUUGUAAAUGAAUACUAUGUAUCCUAGAAUAAUUUUAUGUGCAAUAUUAACCAAGUGUUAUAAUACGUAAUAUGUCCCUGUUGAGAAAUGGGAGAAAAACAUUAACUUAUAGCUCUUAUCAAAAGUAAUAUGAUAAAAAGCCAAAAACAAACAAAGAAUUAACUAUUCUUGAAAAUAUUUUUUUAUUUAAGUUUUUUAUUCAAAAAGUGUACGAUGUAAUCGUGUUCUCGAAAUUUAAACAUAAUUCACUUCCUUCAAAACUCGUGAUACAAAAAAGCAUCAAGAAUCAUAUAGCACAGUAGAGUUAUUAAUAGCUUAAAUUGUAUUGAACAAAGACUGAAUUUAAAAUGACAGUCCACCCUAAUUGGUCCACUUGAUUAUGCAGUGCUUUUGUUGUCUCAUAACCGUACCCACUAUAUACGGAGACGAUGUUUUUCCAUUAGAUAGUAGCAAACAUCUAACGAAUGUAUACACAGUUCACUAUUUUUGAACUCUUUGUACAUGAUGAGUACAUGUUCAGUAAAUAAAAAUUAAACGAAUAUAUUAGUUUAUUGUGUUAAUAUUAUUGUGUUUUUAUUUUUAUUGCAUUUAAAAGUAUAUAACUGUUAUAGCUACUUAUGCAAAUGGUUCGUACGACUCUUUCCAAGUAACCUAUAGAAGUAAUUCUAAAACGUCCACAUCCUGUAAUUCAUCCGUAAAAAAUAGAGAGAUAUUUUGCAUAACACAUUGUUUAAACUAUUUUGUUAUUGAUUGUUGAACUGUAAGCAGAGUUUGUGAAUCAUCUUGCUAAUAAAUGUGAAGUGAUCACCUAUAAGAAAUACAUAUUGUAUAAGUUGAUUAAAUCCAUGACUUGUGAUAUGAAUAAAAUGCGUCAAAUCAUG